AUGAAGUCUACUCUAGAUGUUAGAUACUCCCAAUCUCCAGCGAAAAUGCUGGCAGUGAGAUCGGACGGAGAUCUGGCGACCACGCAAAGCGACUCCGACGAUCUAAGUUCAGAACAAAGGCAGUGUCAUAUAAAUAGUAUGAAAUUGUUACCAGAGAGAUGUUAUAGUCAAAGUAUGCUACACGCGCCAACCGCUUACGUCUUGGAGUCACCGAAAGUCUACUCCGACGUAUUCAACUACGAUACCGGCAACGAAUCCUGUAGCGCUCCAGAGAAGGUAGAACUUAUUGUCUUACAGAAUACUACAAAGAAUAACUUCAUAGACAAUAAGAAUUUCAAAGAUAUCAAUAAUUCCCAACAGUUACAGAAAAGUUUAAGACAUAGUAUAGCAAGUGCAUUGGAUGCAGAAGGGACGGACGAUGAGUUGAUAAACGAAGAAGCUUUAAAGACUAUUUACGCUCUCAUAAAAUUGACUAAAGAAAAAGUUAUAAAUAAAAUGCAAGACAAAUCCACUAAGCAGAACACACCGAACUGGUCGAACUUAAAGAAAUAUCACUCAGAGAACAAAGUUUACGAAUCAGACGUCGGAUCAUCACAAGAAAACACGCCACAGAAGAAAAAUAAUAUCAAGUUUAAUACAUGGCGCGGGCAGUUGACGGAAAAACCGAAACGGCGACCUCUUAGCUUAAGUAUACCAACAGAUAUCACUAUACCAGAUGACUAUCUAAAUGAUGAUGAAGUGAUGAACAAGACUUCACUGAAGUCUAUCAAGUCUUCCCUCAAUAGUAUUGAUAGUAAAGCGGCUCGAGGAACGUUGCUCUGCCAAGAAACUUUGGUAUGA